AAUCUUCUCCCGUUUCUUUUUUCUCUCUCCGCGGAAUUUUUAUUUGUUUGUUUCUCUUCUCUUAAGAAAAAAAAAAAGCAUUGACCUUGGCUAAUUAAUUAUAUCCCUCCUCCCUGGAUUACCUUGCCUUUAAAGCACUCUUUUCCCUCAUUUUCAUGCUUCUUUUACUCUCCUUCACAAUCCAGCCACUCACCUCCUUUCAUCCAGACAACCCCACUAGCAUGCUUGAAUGUCCAGAGACAGGGAGAGAUUGGAUGAAAUAGGGAAGAAGAUCAAGACAGAUGCAGGUGGUGAAAUGGGGAGGAGACAUCUGUUGGGUCCGCCUGGAACCUUGAAUACCAUCACACCUUGUGCCGCAUGUAAGCUCUUGAGAAGAAGGUGUGCUGAAGAGUGUCCUUUCUCUCCUUAUUUCUCCCCACAUGAACCCCACAAAUUUGCUGCUGUUCACAAAGUUUUUGGUGCAAGCAACGUCUCCAAGAUGUUAAUGGAGGUGCCAGAGAACCAAAGAGCCGAUGCGGCAAACAGUCUGGUUUAUGAGGCAAACUUGAGGCUAAGAGAUCCGGUAUACGGGUGCAUGGGUGCCAUCGUAACUUUGCAGCAACAAAUGCAGAAUUUGCAAGCGGAAUUGAACGCAAUAAGAGCUGAGAUACUGAAAUACAAGAUUAGAGAAGUUACUAAUAAUAACAUCCUCCCUUCUACUCAUCCUCACACUCACACUCACACUCACGCUACUUUAGUUUCUGGUGGGGCGGUAUCAGUUGCUGCUUCAUCUUCCCCUCUUCCACCUCCACCUUCUAUUGUUGUCUCAACAUCUUCCUCAUCUUCCGCAUCUUCUCUCUACACAUCGGCAACUAGUGCAACAGGCUAUAGCUCCAUUUCUAGUGAUAAUGUUCCAUUCUUCAAUUAAUUCUACAACCCCAUUGAUGAAAAUAAUAAUGUUAUUAUUAGUUAUAGAGUAGAAAGCUAAGGACAUACUGUUUUAGUUUGAUUUCCCAAUUUUCAUAUAUUGAUGGAGAAAUACCCCGCAGAAAAAGAAAUGUAAACUUGGGAUCUUACGGCCUUGAUUGAUCCUAUCUGAAUUACACUAUUGCUAUCAUAAUCAGAAUCAGAUUUCAAGUUUUCA